AUGACUGAUUUCUCUUUUUUAGUUUGGAAUGUUCGGGGUGCUGGGAACCCCCGAGCCCAGCGGGAGAUUCACUACUUGUGUCGCACGCAUCGGGUGCGCAUACUGCUCCUACUGGAGCCUAUGGUCGAGGCGGCGCCAGAGUACUUCUGUCGUCGCCUCGGAUUUGCUCAUAUGAUAGGGAAUGAGGCGAACACGAUUUGGUUGUUUGUCGAUAGUUCAUUCCAGUGUCAGAUGGUUGCGAGUGACGAUCAGUGGAUUCAUGUGCAGUUAUCGUCACCACAGAAUCGUCGACCCCUUCUGCUGACAGGGGUUUAUGGGAGAUGUAGUGUUGUCAGGCGUCGGGAGAUAUGGGGAUUCUUGGAGGAGACUGCAGUCUCAGCUGUUGGGGUUCCUUGGAUAGUCGGUGGCGACUUUAAUGCCAUCGCAGAUAUAUCGGAGAGGGAGGGCCCAGGACGGCCGCGGCUGCGAUCGAUUCAGGAUUUUUCGGGCGCUCUCCUUGAUGCUGGAUUGAUAGAUGCCGGUUUUGAGGGUCCUCAGUUUACCUGGACGAACCGGCGGGUGUGGAAGCGCCUAGAUCGGAUACUUUAUAGCCGUUCGUGGGAGGAGUUUGCGGAGACCACACGGGUUCGGAUUUAG